CGGCCCAAGCCCAUUCGACUCAAAACUCACCACUCUCCACUCCAGUGACUAACCCCAGCCGCCGCCGCGGCGCCGCCCAGGCAAGCUCUCUCCCCCCCGACCUGGCGACCUACGAGUCCGCUGUCGCCACCGCCGCCCCCAGUGCUUCUUCCCCUCCCCAGCUCCCCCUAGGCCAUUGCUAGGGAUUCGAAGGGAAGACGGCCUCUUAAUUGUUUGGGGAAUCGAUGAGAUUUGAGAUCUGGAGGGAGUCUGUUUCUUCACCGUGCCGUAUGCUCCCAAAAAAAAUCAGGGGAGCCGAGGUUAAUAAUUCGAGGGCAGUGAUGAGUUUCCGGCGGUUGGUGCAUCUGGUGGUGGACGACGUGGGCCUCCGCCGCACCUACAGCCUGCGCAGCAUCGACAUGUCCCGCCUUUUCCGCCGUCCCCCACGAGAGUCCACCGGUGGCUGCGGCCGUCCAGACCAGCCACCGCCGACGGAGGAGGAUCAUGAGAUGAAGCCGUGCCCCCUCCCCGCCCCAACCAUGACCUUCUACCCGCCCCGAUGCUGGUACCACGACGGAGAGAUGGAGUUCAUGCUCCUCGGCGGUAGGCACAACAAGGUGGUCGCCGCCGACCAGACUGGCCGCGCCGUCCUCUACGACCCCGACCAGCACGCCGUCCGCACCUUGUCUGGCUUCGGUGCGUUCAAGUCCAUGCCGGCCUCCCUCACCGUCGGCGAGGACCACCUCUACGUGCUCGGCACGGUCCCGUGCGAGGAUGGCCGGUACUUCGAGUGCCUAGAGCUUGACAGCGACGGUGAUGAGGACUGGCACCCCCGCGUUCUCCCGCCGCCACCUUACAUAUACAACGAGCAUAGGAGGGGUGGUCCUCCCCCCGACUCGUACGCGGCGGUCGAGGGUGGUGGUCCCACCCACAUCUUGGUGUCCAAGGCGAGCAUCGGCACCUACUCGUUCGACACGGCAGCGGAGGCGUGGAGCAAGGCUGGCGACUGGACGCUGCCAUUCAGCGGCCGGGCGGAGUACGUCCCCGAGCACGGCCUCUGGUUCGGCCUCAGAAACAACAUGUGCUGUGGACCUCGCCGCCGCCACGGCAUGGAGGCCCCCGGCAGUGCGCAACCUUUGGAGGGACUUCACCCCGCCGGCGGAGUGGAUGGUCUUCUCUCCGUUAUUGGAAAUGUGUACAUGCCUCCUCAAAUUGGACGGCGCAAACGGGUGCUACUGCAUCAAGUUUAUGGCUGUGCGCUACAGCCAGGAGCUAGCAGUCUCAAAAGCAUUUCCAAGCAUCAACAGUUGUGUUCUUCAGUGUUUGUGAGAAUGUUCUGUGCCUCAGCCACAUCAACACUCCCAUCUUAUAUUUUUAUGCUACCAUCAGUCAAACAUAUUAAGAAAAACAUGUUACGUAUGUAGCUGGUGAGUUGGUGAAUAUCCCUGUCAGAAAGUGAAGUUCCGGGGGGCAGCCUUUUCCAAUUUCUGGUCCCUUUACAGUCAUAUAAAAUCUGUGGAAAUAACUGUAAAGUGUAUGUAUUAUUGCCAAUCCUGAACAGUAUCUUGGUGUUGGACUUCCAUCAAGAGAUUUCUAUAAGAGAUUUGUUCUUGCACUUAGAGAUAAGAUUAUUAGUUUACAACAAGAGCAGUAAGCAGGCCAUAGUAGAAUGCACAAAGGAUGAGAGGAGGAAAACAGUAUGGGCAUAGCUGAUCCGUCUUUUACACACUGGGGUUUGGAAAUUGCGCCAACCCUCUGCUCUCUACAUUGGGUUUUACGAUUACUGAUCCCAAGACGAAAUGAAGGUGUUCUAUUGCAAGAUUUCUAUUCUAAGGAGAUGUAUAAUCUUCCCCUCCAGUUUCUUACUGAGUUCUACACCUUCCAUGAUCAGAAACUGAGCUCUGUUCUAUGUGGGUAUUUGCAGCAUUUGAUUGCCAACAUUAGCUACUGACUUUGUCCCAUGCACCUGAGUGCCGGACAUCUUUCAGCACUGCUGCUUAUGGAAGAGGCUUUAUCGGUUGAUUCUUCUAAAUGGAAAUUAACUAUUAAAUACAGGAAAAAUGCCCCAAAGGCACAGUAGAUAAAAGUAAGAAAGAUAUGCCUGAUGGAUUAGAACUUGGUUUGGGGUUUAUCGAUCAUAUUGGACCCCCAACGGACGAGCAGGCAAGGCAUCUGUGUGGGACUGCCUUGCAGGCUCGACCAUUGAGGCAGCAGUAUGCGUCUUGCAAACCAUAUAGCUGACUGCUUGUGCUUGGUGAGUCAUGAAGUUCUGAAGGGUUUAAGAUUGAAUUUUGACCAAGUUCAAGGUCAUGAUAUCUGCCAUUUUCCGGUUUCGACUUCCAGAAGCCCACAAGUAGCUGAAGCUCAGCUGGCGCCGCCCAUAUAUGAUGAACUACAGUUGAUGAUUUUGAACCGAUAGCUUGUAAAUGAUGAGCUAUUGAGCUGGGUUUUGUUCCCAGGAGCUGGUAUAUUGUUUGUUACCUGCAGAAUGUACAUGCACCGUUGAUGUAAAAUUUUUGCUAAAAGCUGGUACGGUUAAGCUAGCGACUCUUCAUUUGAAGUUUAUUUGUCCACUUGGUCC